GAAGCCGGAGUGAAAUGUCAGUCCAAUCCUCCCAGGAGUUUGAAGAAUGUGCCGCGUGUUUCUAUUUAAGUAGCCAUGUUUAUCAAAGGGUUCUCAAAGAGUCAACACGAGCCUUUCUUCUGCCGGAGCAGAGAGUGUUUGGGAUGCUGGCUGGAGCUUCUCCUGCUUCUUUCUCGUCUUCUGUUUGUCUGGCCAAUAUCAAUAUUGACAGUGGGGGGACGUCCUGUGGCCCGGACCUGCAGCUUCCACAGCAGGCUGGUUUUCCGACAGUCCCUGCUUUGUGUUCCUACCCACUGCGCCUGCCGCCACACUACAGCGUCUCCAUAAGACUUAUUUCUGAGUUCCGCUGUUGAUGAAAAUGCUGUUGAGGGUCUGUCUCAUUGCAGCUCUACUAAUAUGCUAUAUCCUGUUAAGUUGUGCUUUAGAACAUGAAAAGAGGAAAGGUGAAGAAUUUCAAAGCCCUGACAAGGAUACUGACAGAAACAUCAAAGUGAAGAGAAAUUACACAACAGCAAAUGACAAGAGAGCCAAGGCUGGCACUCCAAGGAAGAUGGUCAAGAAGACGGGAAGCAAGAAACUUGCCGUGAGCACAAGAAGUGACAUCAGCUGCACCAGACUGGGAGGCAUCUGCCAGUCCAACCGAUACAUCUGCCAAGGCCGAUACUUAAAAGACAAGUGUUCGGGGCCCAAGACACGGCAGUGUUGUAUGCCAGUUGGAGCCUGGAGUAUCCUUUGUGCCGGUCACCACAACAACAGAGUGAGGGCGUGUGACGUGCAUGGCUGUGGAGCUUUCAACUCCAGAAGAGGUAAUGACCCACAUAAAGCAGUGGACCUGGUGUGUGAUGACUAUGGUAUUGUCAACACUCCAUUCUCAGGCUCUCUGGCGGGUCCAGUGAGUCGGAAAGACCCCGCUGGGAAUCAGUAUGAUGGGGUAAAACUUCUCAGUGAUGUGCACUGUGUGAAGAUCUUCAACAUCCGUCCUUAUCGUUACAUUGGGCCGGUAUCACAGGGAGAAGCCUUGGGUUAUCUGUUACCGCUGCAGGAACGCUUCUCUGGCAUCACAUCACACCUGGAGCUGCAAAUGUGUGACGGCACUGACCCUUCACCUUUCAUAUGAUCUCUAACCUCUCACCCCUUAUACGGCGUCUGAGUCUUGACCGUAUGACCUCUCCUCACUCAAAUUAACCUUGACCCUUCACUUUUAGUAUGACUUCUGACUUUCAUCUAAUAGCCUUAAAAUGAUUAUACAACCAAUGUUAGUUCUAACUUUCCUGUGGCCUGAAAAUGAACACUUUUUAUUCGAUAUUUAGCUCUGCCAGUUUUCAUAUAAGUCUGGUUGAUGAUACAACAGUCCCAAAGAUUCACCCUCAAUUGCAUUACAAAACUUUGGACUCUCUGAUGACAGAAUUUUAAAACUAAUGUCUCACAUUAUGGAAACUACUGCUCCCCCCCAAUGACAGUCAUUUAAGUACAUCAUUCUUACAAGCUCGUGAUGGCCAGCUUUUGUGUGACUGAUGAUCCCUUGUCUCAGUUCUUCCAUUUUUUAGCCCUUUUGUAUAUUUUUGUACUAUCAUUAUUAUCUUUUUUUUUCAUUGAAUGUCAUGUUCUUUUAUAAAGUUAAAUGGAAAAACUAAAUAUUUUUAACGCUUA